CUUGGAACGACUAACACGUCGCGCCGUAUACAACGUUAUAAUUCACGUGAUUUUAUACGAGUCAUGUCGUAAUAUUUUUAUUUAUUUCCGGCAAGCGAAAACUGCAAUCAUUAUUUACACAAAAUCGACCACAAUUUUUUUUUUUUUUUGAAUUUCAAUAUGAUUGUCAUUCAAAUGUCCCGUAAAAAUGUUAAGACAAGUAAAAAAAACCUGAAAAUAAAACAAAGAUAAAGAGCGAGAUAAUAAUUUCAAAUUGAUCGUGCAAUAUAAACACAUACAGGUCUGAAAAUGCCACAUAAGUAUAUCGUUGUUGGCAUUUUAGCGCUUAUUUUGAUUUUUACUGAUUACUUAUGUGGUUCAGUCGGAAGUGUGGAAAUUGCCAUUUCUCAUAAAUUAUGCAAAUGUUUCAACACAACCAAUGACUACAAUGAUAAUGGAUCAAUUAAAUGUAUGUGUGUUCAAAAUGAACUCAAGGAAAUUCCAAAUGACCUGCCAACUCCUUUACAUGAACUGAUAAUUGGAAAAGCUUCAAUUGCAAGUUUAACAAAAGAUUCAUUCACAAACUACAAAAAAAGCAUUAGAGAUAUAACAUUAAGAGAUCUAAGAAAUUUAGUUCACAUAGAAAAUGGAAUUUUUGAUAAUAUGAAACAACUACGAACUAUUGUUAUUCAUAUAGCUCCAAAAUUAAAGAUGAUUUCUCCGUCGCUAUUCAACGUGAAUUUACCUAAAUUGAAAAUAUUGGGAAUCGUUCGAACCGGAAUCAAGAAACCACCAAACUUAAGUUUAUUGAGGACUGAACAACAUCUUCACAUUGUAGACCUCGAAAGCAAUCAAAUAGAAAAAUUGGUUUCUGGUGAACUGUCGAUUAGUGCAGAGCAACUUCAGCUCAAUUAUAAUUUUAUUAACGAAGUAGGACCAUUGACUUUCAAAGACGCUGAAAUUGCCACAAUUAACUUGAGAGGCAAUCGAAAACUUCAAAAACUGGACGCCCAAGCUUUUGUUGGGAUUAAAAGUCUUCGCAACCUAGACUUGUCAGAAACAUCAAUCCAAAAUCUUCCAACCGCCGGUCUAGAAGAACUGGACGUUUUAAAAAUUGAAAAAACGUACACUAUGAACGUUUUCCCGUCCAUCUACAAUUUCAAGAACAUAAAAGAAGCAUGGCUGACAUAUCCUUAUCACUGUUGUGCUUUUCAUUUUCCUAAAACACACAACCCUCAAGGAUACGCAAACCACGAGAAACUCCAACAAAAAAUGAUGCACGAAUGCAAAAAUAUACCAUUUGUUGACCCGAUCUCCACGGUAAAAACAAUGCACUCAACAACGGAGAAUUUUAUCGGUGACGAAAUGUUUCAUUCAGGAGACGUGACAAUCGGUACUAAAGUUGACGUGAUUUGCGGAAACGUUUCGAAAAACUAUCUAGAAGUCAAGUGUUACCCGGAACCGGAUGCGUUUAACCCGUGCGAGGAUCUAAUGGGAAACUGGACAUUACGGGUGGCCGUGUGGAUCGUGGCUGUGGCCGCUUUGUUAGGAAACAUGGCCGUGUUGUUCGUGUUGCUGAGCAGUCGGUUCCGAUUGACUGUCCCCAAGUUCCUCAUGUGCAACUUGGCACUGGCUGACUUUUGCAUGGGCCUCUACCUGUUACUGAUCGCCGUUAUGGACGCUCGAUCGAUCGGACAUUACUUCAAUCACGCCAUAUUCUGGCAGAGAGGUAUUGGUUGCAAAGUCGCUGGUUUCCUGACAGUGUUUUCGUGCAUGCUGUCCGUGUUUACGUUGAUGAUUAUCACCGGUGAACGUUGGUACACUAUCACUUACGCCAUACACCUGAAUCGUCGGCUCAAGCUCGGCGCUUCCGUCAACAUAAUGGCUGUCGGUUGGCUGUUCUCGCUGGUUAUGGGUGCGUUGCCACUGAUGGGCACCAGCGGUUACUCGAAGACCAGCAUUUGCUUGCCCAUGGAUAACUCGACGUUCGCCGACAAGGUUUACUUGUUCUCCCUGCUGACGUUCAACGGCAUGGCGUUCGUGUUGAUAUGCGCGUGUUACGCCAAAAUGUACGCGUCCAUCAGGGGCGGCCGGGAAGCGGUGGCGUCGGUGGCCCGGUCCGACAUGACGGUGGCCAAGCGCAUGGCCCUGCUGGUGUUCACCGACUUCGCGUGCUGGGCGCCCGUGGCGUUCUUCGGGCUGACCGCGCUCGCCGGUUACCCGCUCAUCGACGUGCCCAAGACCAAGAUCCUGCUGGUGUUCUUCUACCCGCUGAACUCGUGCGCGAACCCGUACCUGUACGCGCUGCUCACGCAACAGUACCGCCGCGACCUGUUCGUGUUGCUCAGCCGGUUCGGCGUGUGCAGCCGCCGGGCGGACGAGUACAAGGGGACGGGCCCGGUGCCGUGCGGGCGCCGCAAGGCCCACUGCAACGACGCGCAGCGGCACCGGGACCGCCGGGGCUACGGGGGCGGGGGCGGCGGCUGCGGCGGAGGCGGCGGCGGGGGCGACGAGUGCGGCGGAGGCGGGGGCGGCGGGUACGACGACGCGGGACAGAGCGGCGGCGGGGGCGGAGGGGGUAACCAUCACCGCGGUUCGGUGAUGACCACCGUCACGUCCGUCGACUCGGUGGUCGCGUGCCGGCCCGGGUCGCUGACGCCGCUCCAGGAGCAGCUCAACUGCAACGCAGCCGAGUACGCGGCGCGCCGGGCGCACUCGCCGCCGCACACGCCGUCGCCGGUGCAGCAGCCGUCGUCGCUGAUGACGCCACUGCAACAGAACUUGGAACUGAUGCCUCUGCACGACGGCGGCGGCGACGACGACGACGAAGAUUCCGUGUCGGUCAUUUCGGUGCAACUGCGGCAGAGAUCGCGUGACGGGUGCGGCGAGUAACGCGUUUCAGACGAUCGGCCGCAUCGAUCCGGAGCCAUCGCCAAAGCCAAAAGCGGAUAUAAUGCGUUUUCGCCAAAACGUUAGGAUGACAACGAUUUCGUAAUCGCCGACGUCACUCGGGCGCACCUGCAGAUCUUUUGCACGAGUUUCGUCCAUCGUGUGUUUUACUAAUGAGAUGAUAUUAUGAUAUUAUAACCUAUCAUUAUAAAACCACUGGCUUUUGUAAAAAAAAAAAAAAACAAUUCCCCUUUUUUGACCCAGCUGCGAGUGGUGGAUUUAAGUUUAGGUAAGUAUACCUAAUAUUUAUAUAUAUAUAUAUAUAACGAUAUACGAGGCUAGGCGAAUUAACUAUUAAUUCCUUUUUUAACUUGUUUCAACUUAUUAGGUAUACAUCAAGUAGAGAUAAAUAUGUAACUUAAAAGUUAAUUUGAUUUAUUUUUAACUCGUAAUUUUUACGAUUUUAAUAGGAAGAACAGUAUAACUUGAGUAACCUAGAAUGGAUUAAAAAUCCAUUAGGUUUAAAACCUAUGCAAAAUAAAUUCGAUUGAUAAAACCAUAUUAUACACAAAGAAAAACACGAUUUAAUACACAUAAUAAUUCAUUAACAGAAAGAGAAGCCGUCAUUAAAUGAUAAAUUCUAUACUUAUAGAAGUUAUAUGAAUUAUUUAUAGAUUACAUUUUCAAACGAUCGCUAUUCGCUUUCGCUUGUUUAAAUUUCGGCUGAGUAAUCAAUUAUCUGAAGGUGUUAUUCAAUCGAAUUAUUUUAAAUUAAUUUGUUUGUGUUACAAUGGAAUUUUCCAUAAAAUGUUGUAAUAACUUGUAUUUAUUCGUAUAAAUUAAAGUUUAUUUGGUCCAUAUUUAAAUAUAGGAGUACUGUAAAUAUUAUUAUAUACGUACAAUGUACAUAACAAUUUUUGUUUUUUAUACGUAAAAACUGUAACUUACACAAAAUAAAACAUAUUAUUUUAAAUGUUCAUACCUAUUAUGAAUGAGAUUAUCUUAACAUGACUAUACAGUUAAUUAAAUGUUUAGUAACUAUUAACCACAUAUCACGGGAUAAAUUUAAACUCGUUAAAUUAGAAGAUACAUUUAAAAAAAUGUAACUCUUUAUAAAACUUAGUUAAAAGUAAUUUAAUUUGUAAUGCCCAUUCUUGUACACAUAUAAUAUAUAUAUAUAUAUAUAUAUAAUAUAAGACAUGUAGAUAUUAGAGAGUAUGUUUUCGUUAAGCGAAGCAUGUCGUGAAAAGUUAAUUAGUCAAUAUAAUUAAUAAUAAUUAAGAUUGUAUGGUUUAAUAUAAUAAUAAUUAUAGUUGUAUAUUAUAUACUUUGCACAUAUAAUAUUAUACAGUAUAUAGAGUGUUUAAACAAUUUCAAAAAGUCAUGUAUAGAAUAUUGACAACUUUAGUUAUUAAGUAUCUUAGCCAUAUGUAAUGUUAAAAUGUCUAUGUACCAUAAUAUUAUUAUAUUGUUUUUAAAAUUUACGAUAUUCAUGUACCUAUAAUUGUUUUCGUUGAAAAAAUAAUUUAAUAACUGUUUGACUAUAGUUGUUGUCUGUACACUAUUACGAUAUAUUUAAGGUGUUGAUAAAUUUAAGUUGCUACCCCAAGUGUGUAUUGUUUAGUUUACUUUUUUUUAAUGUUUCAAAAACAAUUUAUAAAAUAAAUAACCUUAUAAACCUAUAUCAACGAUACU